AUGAGCGCCUCCCUGGCCGGAGCGGGGCCCUUCCCGCCGGCCGCGACGGGGGAGAACGAGGCCGAGAGCCGGCCCGGCCCCGCGGAGGGCCGCGGCGGCGGCGACCCGCUGGACGCCUGCGGGGCCUGCGGGCGGCGCCUCCAGAGCCGCCAGCCCCGGCUCCUGCCGUGCCUCCACACGCUGUGCGGCCGUUGCCUGCCGCCGCCGCACCGCUACCUCGUGCUGGCCUCGCCCGGCCCCGCCAAGGAGGCGCCGUUGCCUCCGCAGCCGCUCCCCCAGCCGGCCUCGGCGCCGCCCUGCAAGCCGGUUGGUGUUGUCCGUUGCCCAAUUUGUGGCCAGGAAUUUGCAGAAAGGCACAUUAUAGAUAACAUCUUUGUGAAGGAUACUACUGAGGUCCCCAGUAGCACAGUGGAGAAGUCAUAUCAGGCUUGUACAAGCUGUGAAGACAACGCAGAAGCAAAUGGAUUCUGUGUGGAGUGUGUAGAAUGGUUAUGCAAGGCUUGCAUGCAAGCUCAUCGGAGAGUGAAAUUCACAAAGGACCAUACAGUCAGACAGAAAAAAGACGUGUCUUCAGAGGCUGUUGGUGUAACUAGUCAGCGACCUGUGUUCUGCCCUUACCACAAAAAGGAGCAGCUGAAGCUGUAUUGUGAGACUUGUGACCAACUAACGUGUCGGGAUUGUCAGUUGCUGGAACACAAAGAACACAGGUACCAGUUUAUAGAAGAAGCCUUUCAGAAUCAAAAGGUGGCGACUGAUAUGCUUGUUACAAAGCUGAUGGAGAAAAGUACAUACAUGAAAUAUACAAGUGAGCAGAUUCAAAAUAGGAUUCUUGAAGUGAAUCGGAAUCAAAAGCUGGUGGAACAGGACGUGAAAGUUGCUAUUUUCACAUUGAUGGUAGAAAUAAAUAAGAAGGGGAAAGCUCUGUUGCAUCAGCUAGAGUGUCUCUCGAAGGAACACCGGAUGAAGCUCCUGCAGCAACAAGAGGAAGUAGCUGGGCUUUCUAAGCAGCUGGACCACGUCAUGAACGUUGCCAAGUGGGCUGUUUCUAGUGGUAGUAGCACAGCUUUGUUAUACAGCAAACGGCUGAUUACAUAUCGGCUACAAUGCCUUCUUAGAGCAAGGUGUGAUGGCUUACCAGUGACUAAUACCAUCAUUCAGUUUCACUGUGAUCCUAGCUUCUGGGCCCAGAAUAUUUUCAACUUAGGUUCUCUGGUAAUUGAAGAUAAUGAAACCCCACCACACGUGCCUAAAAGCCCUGUGAUGGAAUCAAACACACAGCCACAAAGUGGCUUCAAACCUUCAAAUCAACUGUCCAAGUUCCCAACACAGAUCAGUUUAGCUCAACUGAGACUUCAGCACAUGCAGCAGCAGGCCUUGGCUCAGAGGCAGCAGCAGGCUCAACGGAGGCCAGGUCCUGUGGGUCUCCCAAACCCUAGAGUUGCAGGGCCCUUGCACCAGGCUCCUCCACCACCACCUCAGCAGCCCCAUCCACAUUUGGUUAACUUUCAGAAUCACAAUCCUAAAUCAAAUGGCUCAGUUCCUCUUGGCCAGCCAGCACGAGUUCCUCCAAACCAGGGUACACCGCAUCCAGCUGUAAGGUCCAGUCCACUACAGAUGGCGUUCUUGGCACAACAAGCUAUUAAGCAGUGGCAAAUCCACAGUGGACAACUUUCGGCUGCUCCCUCAAAUGCCAGCAGUACUUCAUCAACCACGUCCAGUUCUGCUAGCACUGUGGGAUAUGAUGAAAAGACACUUGCUACCCCCAUGAUAGAUCUGACCUCAUCAACGAGUGAUUCCUGUACUCUACCUUCUCUUCCUGAUAUUGAUUGUUUGGGAACUAUUUCGCUGGAUGGCAUUGCCAGGAGAAAUGGCAUUUUGGAGCACAGCCAAUCCAAACCUCCUUCACACAAAACCGUCCUGUCCCCAAAUUCAAAAGUACCACUUCCAGGCCUUCCAGGGACAGUUAUUUCUGGCACCCAUCCUCCAGAUCGUUCACCCAGUGCUGGAAGCAGAAGCAGCUCUGGCUCCUCUAACAGACCAUCAGGUGCUGAUUCUACCCAGAAAGUCCCAGUAGUCAUGUUGGGGCCCAUCAGAAUAAAGCAAGAGUCUGGUAUGCCAAGUGGGAACUAUGAUUUCCCAGUUGUAACAGUGAAGCAAGACACAGAUGAAGGAUCCCGGAAUCAAAACACCAGUUUUUCUAGAAACUUAGCUACCUCACCGCUGUUGAAUCACAAUCAUAAUCACCCCUCUGAAGAAACAGUCUCGGGGACUGUAGCACCAGACAGUACAGGCAACCACCCUUCCAGUGGCAGGGGAACGUGGACAGGGACUUCUCAUAUUGGAGAUGGUAGAAAAGAUGAUGACCCUAAUGAGGACUGGUGUGCGGUGUGUCAGAAUGGAGGAGAGCUAUUGUGUUGUGACAGAUGUCCUAAAGUGUUCCACCUUUCUUGCCAUGUCCCUACACUCAGGAAUUUUCCAAGCGGAGAGUGGAUUUGCUCCUUCUGCCGUGAUUUGUACAACCCACAAAUAGAAUAUGAUUGUGAUGGCCCAAGGAAUAUGUCGGAAGAAAAAAGAAGACUGGAAGGCAGGAUGGGGCUGUCUCCUACAGAUCGGAGGAAGUGUGAAAGAUUGCUGCUGUACCUUUACUGCCAUGAAACGAGCCUUGCUUUUCAAGAGCCUGUCCCCCCUACGGUGCCUGACUACUACAAAAUAAUUAAAAAGCCAAUGGACUUGUCAACAAUCAAGAAUAGAUUGCAAGUUCGUCACCCAUCGUACACAAAACCAGCAGAUGUUAUAGCUGAUUUCCAACUGAUCUUCCAAAACUGUGCUGAGUUUAAUGAGCCUGAUUCAGAAGUGGCAGAUGCUGGCAUGAAACUGGAAGCCUACUUUGAGGAACUUCUGAAGAACAUUUAUGCUGACAAAAUAUUCCCUGCUGAGCUCUAUUGCCAUGCCGAUAGAGGUAGUCCAGACCUAACGGACGAUUCAGAUGAGGACUUUGUACGGCCCCGAAAGAAACGUCACAAAGGAGAAGAGCGACAGUUUUUCAAAUGA